AUGUCAAGCUUUCGCUCCACACCAAGACAAGGCCACCUUGAUCAAGCCAAGCAAAUCUGUGGCUACCUUCUGAAGAUGAAGAACGCAGCCAUUAGAUUCCAAACCGGCCUACCAGACUACAGUGAUGUAACUGAUCCAGUCUAUGACUGGGCAGACUCAGUAUAUGGCUGUCCUACCGAGCAGAUCCCUGCAGAUGCACCAACACCAUUGGGCAAGCUGGUGAUCCUGACUCACUACGUGGAUGCCAACCUAUUCCACUGCAUGUUAACUGGUAGAUCAGUAACAGGUAUUGUACACCUAAUUAUUGGAUCACGUAUUGAUGCUUUUUCAAAGAAGCAAGCUACCGUUGAAACCGCCACACGCGGCUCCAAGUUUGUCGCAGCCUGUACUUGUGUGGAACAAAUCAUGGUUCUACAAUUCACACUGAGAUACCUUGGUGUUCCUAUCCAAGGACGUAGUUGCAUGUUUGGAGACAAUGAGUCUGUUGUUAACAGCUCAUCUCAACCAGAUGCAAAACUACACAAACGACAUGUCGCGUUGUUGUUUCACCGUGUUAGAGAGGCCAUAGCAUCCAACAUGCUUUCCUUUCUACAUAUCGAUGGUGUUAAAAACCCAACAGAUAUCCUUAGCAAACAUUGGGGAUAUCAACAGAUAUGGCCGCAGCUACGUGCACUACUCUUUUGGGUAGGUGUAUAA